CACAAGAUGGCUGACAACUCCGAGGAGAGACAGCAAAGCUCAAAACGAGUUUUUAUUAACGAUGUUGAUACAUACACAUCAAAAUAUAUCGCAAAGUUUUUACACUCAUGUGUAGUUGGUGCAUCUCUUGUGGACACUGGAGAGCCUGAUGUGGAGGACAGGUUGCAGAAUGAGCAACCAAACACAGCGACCUUCCAGAUUGUGGGAACUGUUUCCAGCCAAACAGAGGAGCAGUGCGGUUUUAUUGCUGAAGAGUACAAUCACCUAAAGUGUGAAGAACUUCUCCAUCAUCUGCUGAAGUGUGAUGUUAUAGUUUAUAAUAUUACUCAGCAUACUGAUCAGAUAGUUGAAGCACAGUGGGCCGUCUCAGCUCUGCAUGAGGAAAUGGACAAGUUUUCUGGGCCAAAAAUAUUCAUCCUGGUGUCAACCAUCAUGACAUGGGCUAUGACUAAGCCAGCUGAUAAAGAUGAUCGAGAGAUUCCUUUUACUGAAGGGCACUACAGGAAAAGAAAACCACACCCCAACUUUCACGAUCAUAUCUGUUUGGAGAAACUUGUGGUCAAAUUGGGAAAAACUAAAAGCUCCCAGUUCUCUACACAUGUUGUUGCAUCAGGGCUACAAUAUGGAAUGGGAGAACACAUUUUUCACCAUUUUUUUAAGAUGUCAUGGUUGGGAAAAGUCUCCAGUGUUCCCAUCUUUGGAGAUGGCUCCAAUAUUGUCCCCACUAUUAACAUCAAUGAUCUGGCUGGGAUUAUCCAAAAUGUGAUUGACCACAAGCCAAAGCCACAAUACUUUGUUGCUGUUGACGAUUCAAAAAACACAAUGGAGGAUAUUGUAAAGGCAAUAGCUCUUGUGCUUGGGCCAGGAAAAACUCAGAAAGUUUCAAAAGAAGAGAUUUAUCUUGUACGGGAUCUGACGCAAACAGAUAUUGAUUCUUUGUUUGUCAACCUUCGAAUUGAAGCAACCUAUGUGAAAGAGAAUUUUAAUGUGCAGUGGGUAUCUGAGACUGGCAUGGUUGAAAACAUUGAACAGAUUGCAGAGAAAUUCAAGCAGACAAGAGGGCUGUCGCCCAUUCGUAUCUGCAUCCUGGGACCUCCUGCUGUUGGGAAAAGCACUGUAGCGGAGAAGAUAUGCAAACAUUACAAACUUCACCAUAUUAAACUUAAGGAGACAAUCACUGAGACACUAGACAACCUGGAAUCAUUAGUCAGUAAAGAGGAUGUGGAAAAUGAUCAGAGUGAUGCUCUUGAAUUUCUGGACACUCUGAAGGAAAACAUGAAUCAGAAUGGAGGACGACUGGAUGACCAAUAUGUAAUCCGUAUAAUGAGGGACAAACUCAUGACCAAACCCUGUAUGAACCAGGGCUUUGUUUUGGACGGGUUUCCGAAGACAUUUGAGCAGGCAAAAGAGCUAUUUAACAGCGAGGAACAGCCUGAAGAGCAAUCUGAACAUGACAAAAAGAUCAUCCCAGAGUUUGUUUUCUCUCUUGAUGCCACUGAUGUUUUCCUGAAAAACCGUGUUCUGAAUCUGCCCGAGAAUCUUGUAGAGGGAACUUCCUACACUCCACAACAGUUCCUUCGCCACUUGGCUGGUUUCAGAGAGAGAAAUGUAGAGGAUGAGACUGUGCUAAAUUACUUUGAAGACCUUGAGAUUCAGCCUGAGCACUUUGAGAUUACAAGCAAUGAUGAAAACGAGUACUUGCUAGUCACAGAGGAGAUUUAUAGACAAGUGGGCAAACCAAGGAACUACGGCCCAAUAUUAGAGGAGGUGGAGGAGGAGGAGAGAUGGCAAGCUGAAGAGCGGCUAAAGGAGCAGGAAGCACAGAGGGCUGAGAUAGAGAGGCGGGAGGAAGAGGAGGCCCAGCAGAGAGCUCAGAGCUGGGAGGAGUGGAGUAAUCAACUUGAGGAGGUGAGGACACAAGAACAUGACCUGUUGGAGUCUCAGUCAGUGCCUCACCGAAACUACCUGAUGAGAGCUGUGAUGCCCACUUUAACUCAAGGACUUAUUGAAUGCUGUAGAAUACGUCCUGAUGAUCCAAUAGACUUCCUGGCUGAGUACCUGUUCAAAAAUAAUCCUGAAGCAUAAUUAAACAUGGAUGUUUUGGACCUGGGAUGCCAGCAGCAAUGAUAACUUCUGUUGUUAUUUCUUGAGAUGUUAAUUUAAAUGUUAAUUAAAAAUCUAAAUCUUUCAUGUAUGGAGUAGUCAUUCGGUCCAUGAUUACAGUCAAACUACUGUAUGCACUUUUUAAAUGCAAUGGAAAUCAAAUGUGAAAAGUGGAACAACAAAAUAAAAUAAAAGCUUUAUGGAAUA